AUGAACGCGUUUGCGAGUAUAUUGGCCAAGAAACUUGCUUCCGGCGGCAUAUGUGUGACUGAAAAUGCUAUAUACUGGAAGCCUGCAAAAGUCGUACUCUCAGAGUCCAAGGAUGAAGGUACACAUCGCAAUUCUCAGGUCUACACAAAUUUGGAGCUCUGUAAACCACCAAAUGGACUAUUCAUCCAAAGGAUAACGAUAGGAAGAGCGAUAAACCAGUACUUUAUUCAAAGAAAGAUAGCACAAACAAACAAUGCCACUAUUUGGCUGUGCUACGAUAUACUAGACAAAAAAUGUUUGUGUAUGAAAAUGUACCAUAUAACAGCUUGCAAGCGAGAAAGAGCUGUAAGAUUUUACAGGGACGAUACUCAAGUCAUCACAUUUUUUGAUAAACUCAUUGAUGAAAUUUUGCUCCAUUCCUACCUACAGGAAUGCAAAGGUGUAGCAAAGAUCAAAGAAGUCAUUUUUAAUGAUGACGAUGAUCUUAUAUACUUUAUAAUGUCGUACUACCCCUCACAACUCAUGCAUUACGAUCCACUCUUACAAAGUUACUCUGGUCCAUGCUUUGAUGAUUCAACUCAGGAGCCAUGCAGACGUCUUUAUAAGGAAAGUUUCGCGAAAAAAAUAGUAAAACAACUAGCAGAAACUUUGGAAUUUUUUCAUUCAAAUGGGAUUAUACACAAAGAUAUUAAACCUGAAAAUAUUUUAAUGAAAUACAAAGAUCCUAGCAUGUUUGAAACUAUACCCAUCGAUGAUGAGGAUAGUGACAGUUUAAGUGUAUAUAGUGAUGAAGUCUUCGAGUUUAAACUGUCAACUCAAGAGAUUUUGGAUUUGCAAAGCAGCCUUGAAGAAGACGUUUCUGAUAGUAUGGAUAUCGUGAACUUUAAAGACUACUUACCAGAUUCGGAGUUUCCCUAUCAUCCUAACAUUACAUCAGAUUUUUACUGGUGCGUAUGGGAAGAUGCCAGAUUAGUUGUAGAUUUUUCAAGUACAAUCUCUGACUUUGUUGCUAAUUCAACUUCGUUUGGGAUAGGGCGUAACUCUAUCUUAUAUGCAGAGGAAAUAUUAAAAGAAUGUUCACUUUCUCACUUCCCUCUCUAUGAUUAUUUAGUAAAAAAUAGUGACAAGAUACAGUAUAAAGUAAAUUCCAGUUUUUUAAAAUGUACACAAAUUUCAGGAUCAAAAUUUUCAAAUGAUACAGAAGAACAAAGUGACCAAGAACAACUCUGUGUAAUUACAGACUUUGGGGUUGCAUGUCUUGCUGAAGUGGAGGACGAACAACUCGUUAUCUUUGAUUCCGAGGGAAGCUUGGCGUUCACCAGUCCUGAGAGUCUGAAAUAUAUUGAAGGAUCAAUACCAGGAAGAGAAAGAGACGUUUUCUCAUUAGGAGUCACUCUAUACUGUAUGAUAUAUGGCAAACUCCCAUAUUAUGGCAAUGGCGGAAUUCAAAUGCUUAUGAGCAUGCUUGAAACACCCCUUUCAUUUCAUACAUUUAGACAAAUAUCGCAAGAAUUAAAAUCGCUAAUAUCUGGAAUGUUACAAAUUAAUCACAAAAAUAGACUCUCACUAAGAGAAGUUCUAGAACAUCCAUGGAUAAAUAGUUGA